AUGUUUCACCUAUAUGAAUUGAUCAGUCGAGCACUUCGCACUCUGGAUGCUGAAGUAUUUGUUCCAUUUGCAUCUAGCAUUUCGACAGAUUCGGACAAGGUGGGUAUUCUACUCAUGAUCACAAUCGAUCCAAAUGCCACCACAAAUCUAUUCGCAUCGCUUGAAAGUCUGAGUUAUUACGAAGGGGAAGCAGAAAGUUCUUUUUCUCCAUACACAGUGUUUUUCGAGUCGGCACAAGCGAACAAAUGGAUCUUUCGUAUAUUUACAGAAUGUAUUAAAUGUGACGUGAAAGGUAGUACAGGAUGGGGCCGUUUAGGCUACGUAUUGAUUAAAAUAGGACAGCCAGAGAAAGCCAACGAGCUGCACACAGCGCUACGAAAAGAAAUAUCUGACGAGAGCGACAGAGGUGAUUAUGAGCGGGCUCUACAAUACUUUGAAACAGCACUUAAAAUUCGACAAGAAAUUUUUCCUUUCAAUCAUCGUUCGUUAGCUGCUUCAUACAAUAACAAUAUCGGUCAGGUGCACGGAAGCACAUAA